AAACCUUCCUUGUUCGUAUCAUCUGGAGCAGAAGAAGGGCUUUUGUCCAUGGAGGAAGAGUUUCAAGAAGAAGAUGUGUGGUCAGUUGUGAAAGAGAGGGAAACUUCAGGUCCUGAAACGAAAUUUCCAAGAAGUCUCCUUCCUCCUCCUCCUCCUUCUCCAUGGCUCAUUCCUAGCUCACCAAGAACAGUGAUUCGAGACAGAAGCAGAGAAAGGGCAGGGGCAAAACAGUCAUCUGCUCCUGUGAAUGUCCCUGACUGGUCCAAGAUUUAUGGAAACAAGAAGAAGAAGAAGAAUAUUGGUUUGCGCUAUGAUGAUGAUGACGAUGACGACGACGAUGAUGAUAGUACUGAUGAUGGUAUGGUGCCUCCACAUGAAUGGGUUGCAAGAAAGCUGGCAAGAACACAGAUCUCGUCAUUUUCCAUGUGUGAAGGAAUUGGGGGAACACUUAAGGGAAGAGAUCUAAGCAAAGUGAGAAACGCUGUCCUGACAAAAACAGGUUUCUUGGAGUAGACAAAAAAUAUAUAUUUAUAUUAGUUAUCAUGGAAUGGAGCAAUGUGCAUGAAACAUUCAUCAUCAUCAUCACCAUCUCGAACUUCAUGAUAUCCACAUCAUCUUUAUCUCUGUCACUGUCAUGUGGGGAUCACUC